AUGACGACCACCAAGACUCCUGAUGGUCCAGAAGACGUGAACGAUUUCCUGUUGCGCAUUCGGGAACUCGGUGAACGUCGUGAUAAAGAAGAUGAUGAGCGCACCAAACGCCUGGAAGAUGAGAUAUUGCAAGGCCGGAAAGAAAGACAGGCCCGUCGAGCUGAACGAGCACGAUCGAUUGCCGGUUCCCCUAUCCUGAAUCCCUCAAGACUGAGCGUUUCCUCCAUUGGCCAGUCUUCCAUCGAUCCCCCGGAGCACCUCGAACCGACGGUACAGACACCAGACCCCGAGCCAUUCAGCGGAGGAAAAUCGAGUCAAGAAUCGGAGCCUCUCUACACCACACAUUCCAGACGAGGUUCGGUUCAAGAGACGGAACCUGAAUCUCCACGAACAGUGCCCGCUCUGUCGCGGAGUCGGGCGGGGACGUUAUCUUGGCAGCAACGCCCGUCCUCGCGGGACUUUGCAAACCGUUCGCCAGGCUCGACAUCGCCGACACGAUCCAGCCAUUUGCGAAAUGCCUCCACGGCGUCGGAUGACAACCAAAUGUCACGUGCUUCUAUCGCCCUAUCACUUUCCUCGAAAGAUCCGUCGUGGUUUCGACAAACAGCAGAUCGAGGGCUGGGAUCACCAGCAUAUCUCAAGUCGGAAGACCGGUCGGAGAGCCAGGUGGAGUUGGGCCCAAGUCGUCAGCUGCCAGGCAUGAGCCAUGAGUCAACAGUCGAACCAGAGAAGAUGGAGCGAACAGAGGAAAAGCCACCAUCACGGCCACAGACGGCGUCAACCGUUGGCGAGAGCAACAUGAGCAAUCGGUAUUCGAGCGUCUCGUCGAUCUCACAAGUCACUGGCCUAGGCUCGCCAGUGACGAUUACGGAGGCCCCAAAGCUGGAUCCUUCUGCGCAAACUGAGACUUUGGCAGACGAACCAGCCCUACCACCGUCUCCUACUCAGCGGCGAAUGUCACCAGAGCGAGCUCGUUCAACAUCGCCCACCAAAGGCCUCGGUGGAUUUGUCCAGAGUGCUAUGAUGAGGCGAUCAGACAGUGUCUCAAAACGAUGGAGUGCCCAACUGCCCCAGGGCUUGAGCAGAAGCAACUCUAUUGUUAGCAAUCGAAACAGUGUUGCUGCUCCUAGUCUCACAGGCAGCUUUAGCGACAUGACCUCUACAACUACUUCUCGAAUCAAUCGGGAGACAGCGCCUACAGAGCGACCUAGCUCGAGCCAUACCGAAGCCUCCUUCCAACCAUCGGAAACAACUGACAGACCGACCACUCCUUCUUUCUCGGGCAACCGCGAGACCAUGCGCUCUGAAGGCAGUCCCAGCCGACCCGCCCUGUAUGGCCACACUAGAUCGGCCAGCUCUGUGACUGCAGAUAGUUUCGGUGGUGAUGGUUCAUCGAGCCCAUUUACAUCAAGAACUAUGGACCCCAGGCGAUGGAGCCCGACCAAAUCGACUUGGCUGGAAAGUGCACUCAACCGGCCCGAAUCUCGUCAGUCAAAGCCGCCUCCACCACAGCCCUCCUGGCAGCAAGCACGACAAUCCAGAGGCAGUGUGGACAUGGGUCGAGCGAGUCCCUUCAAAGAAGUAACACCUGUGGGCUUGAUGCGAACACCCCCGCCAGGCGGCCAUUUCAAGAAACCCAGCCUUUCUGGAACUCCAUCAGUACUUAGCAGUCCCACUUUCACCAGAAGGGCGACAGUGCCAGACUCCCCAUCGUCUUUCUUGAAAUCCGAACCACUGCCUGCGCAGCCCAUUUCAGAACCAGAACCUCCCAUGCCCAAGGCUGUGAAAGAAGAAGAACCAAAAACUCUCGAGCCCGAGGUUGGGGAGGAAGAAAUAGAAGACGAAGAAGAAGAAGAAGAAGAACUCAAACCUUCGAUCGUACCGGAAGACUCUCCGGAAGACUCUCCAGAGAAGCCGCCAGUGGAGGAGCCACAGAACAGUCCAAAGCCUGAGUCAAUUCGCAAACCGCCUGCGCUGAGCACCAGACCGAAUUUCUCACUUCCUAAUCGAGAGCCGCUUUCGCCAAAACCCAAGCCCCAGUCUCCAGUGGUUGAUUUCCGCGCCAAUCUGCGCAAGCGGGAUGUUGCCCAAGACAAGGGGAAGCAAGCAGAACCGGAAUUCAAGAAUGUUUUUGGAAAACUCAAGAAGACCGAGACCCGCAACUAUGUGGCUCCAGAUGAACUAAAGGAUAACAUUCUUCGCGGUAAAUCUGCCUUGAACAAUACCGGUGGCCCUAAGAAGACCCCACGAGUCGAUGAAUUCAGGCAAAGUUUGGUGAUUACAAAAGAGGCAAUGAAGGCUGGGGGAGGCUCUAUUCGACGAAACACUGCAGGGGAACAGGAUGCACCGGCGAAGCCAGCCGAACCUAUCCCGGAGGCUCUUGCGAAGCGUAACCUCAUGACGAAGACGAAUAAUGACCGGAAAACGAACCCCGAUAUUCAGAGCCCCACGGCCGUUCCAGAGCUAAGCCCUACACGAUCUUUCCGGGCGCCAGAAGCACCUGUAUCCCCCCUUGCUUCGGAGGAGGCGGCAUCCCCGGUCGCGAGCAAGCAGGAAUCUGCAGACAUGGAACCCAAGUUCAGCCCAAGUCUGGACUUGGACCGCAAUGAUGUAGUGUCGACCGAAAAAGAGCUCCCAAACGAGGAGAUCCGCUCAAUUCGUAGCUUGCGGUCGUCAGUGAGCUCGGAAACCUCAAGCAUGCCUACUACUCAAGUUUCAGCCGCUAAAGGGAAACUUGCAGGCCGAAUCAAUCCCGCAUUAGCAGGUCUUCUCUCUCGGGGUCCGCCGGGUCCAGCCGAGGGACUUAAGAAGGAGCUGUCUGUGCCAGCCUCCGGAGAUGCCUCUCCUGCCUUGCCCUCUGCGCCUCUUACCCACGCGACGAAGGGUCGUGCUCGGGGUCCCAAGCGACGGGCGCCCCAAGGGGAUUCUGCUCCCGCUGUUUCACCUGCGGAGGAUAUUAAGGAGGUUGGUGCCAUCUUAUCUCCUGAAGUCGAAACAUCUCAGACUAUUCCCGAGCCUGCUGCUUCUCCGGAAGCCAUCUCGGACAAUACGUCAACAGACAAAGUGGUUGUCGAUACUGAAACCGCACAAAUAGGGAGCCCCUACCUCAAGCAAUUUCCGGGAGUAAAGACAACCUUCCAGGAUGUUCUCAACGGCGGACUGCAACGACUGAGAAGUUUUUCGCCCACUUCUCCCCGAGAGUCUACCGCCCUUAGCCCAAUCGAGCACGCCCCUCGAGAGUCUGAAUCAUCAAGAGACGCCAGCCCAUCAAGCAGACCCCCUGUCCCGCCAAAGCCCUCAUCGCCUUCGCCCUCCCCGUCACCAUCCACUCCCUCGUCGCGAUUCCAGUGGGGCCAAGCACGAUUCAUUUCACCAUCGCCUUCACCUCUCAGAAUGAGCUCCCGAGAACUUCAGAAAGACUUGCCCUCAACCCCUUCCCCAAAAAGUGUCCCAGGAGUGACGGUUGCCGAUUCCUCACCGCAGAGUAAGAGCAGUGCGUCACCACCAGUGCCGCGUAAAAGACCCGACGUGUCUCUCGCACGGCCUAUUGAUCCUCGCAACAGACUCUCACGCAAGAUGUCCGCGCCGUCUCUAGUGGCGCAGGCCGCGGAAGCCCGGGAGGUGAUCGGUGAAUUCUUCAAGUCAUUUCCCAAUCCACGCGACAGGAUGGACAUCGACCCUCAAUUGGUGCUAGCAGGCAAACUGGAUGACACCAAGAUUCGUACUGUGAAGCGCCAGAUCUGGGAAAUGACAGGCGAUGGAAAGAAGCAGGAACUGCCCAUCAACCAAGAGUACGUUUUGUACGAGGGCAGCAUGUAUGUUUGCGUUCAUUUGUUCGAGGCAGGUGGUAGCAACCAUGCUGAAGUUUACCUGUGGUGUGGUGACGACGUGUCAGAAGCAGCUUUGGACGACGCACAACUGUUUGCCCGUAAAGUUGCGCGCGAAAACAGCUGCAAGUUACAAGUGAUUCGCCAGGGCAAAGAGCGCCUGCGGUUCAUCCAAGCCCUUGGUGGAAUCAUCAUCACCCGUCGCGGAUCUAGUUCUCGCUCUACUUCAUCUUCCCUGUACAUGCUCUGUGGCCGCAAGCAUCUGGGACAAAUGGCCUUCGAUGAAGUCGACUACUCACUUCGCAACCUGUGCUCUGGUUUCCCAUUCGUGAUUUCGGCACCCUUUGGCAAGCUUUACCUAUGGAAGGGUAAGGGCAGUGGCCCCGAGGAAACCGGCGCCGCCCGGUUGAUCAGCAUGGAUCUCGGGUUGACCGGUGAAUUUGAAGAAGUGACCGAGGGUGAAGAGCCUGAGAGCUUCUUUGAUGACUUUGCAGGUUCCAAUGAAGCCAACGCGCUUCUGACUUCCGAUUACUGGCAACUGAAGCCCAAAUUCGACCAUUACCGAACCCGUCUUCUCCGGAUUGACCACGAGCUGGGCCAACCACCCCGUUUCUGGAUGCGCCGUCCUGGCUCUGGAUCCCCGACUGUCCGACCCAAUGACACUGUCCAGGAGAUCGAACCCUUCUGCUACAGAGACUUGACAGAUAAGGAUGUCUACGUCCUCGAUACUUUCUUCGAGAUCUACGUGAUUGUCGGCGAACAAGCUUCACAAAAAUCCGCCGACUUCACGUCGGCCGUGGUCUUCGCACACGAGUACGGCAUCCUCGCUGCCUCGCUCCAAGAUCGACCCUUUAUCCCGAAGAGUUUCGUCGCGCUCGGUGGUAUCCCGGAUCGAUGCCAAAGCGCCUUCAGAAAAUGGCACGUUGAUUCUCUCCACGCUCCUUGCGUGUUCCCUCUUGACGUGGCGAUCGAAGCGAUUCGUUCUCCGGCUGAGUAA